CCGCGUUUUACCUCCGUGGCGGCUUUCCACCCGUGCUGCCAGAUUCCGAGAAGCUGACAGUCCCCGCGGCCCUGCAGAAGAUUGGCAUAGAUGCGGAGACCUUUCUCGCCGUCCUGAGCUCCGUCGAUCUCAUCCGCGGGAUCCGGACCCGCGUCGCUUCCCCAAAGGGGCCCAGCGCGAUGAGCUCUCCCGGAGCCUCGACCAGUAAACACCAGGCGUGCCAGCUGUCGGAGGAGAUCUUGAAAGUAGUCGAGCUGCUGGAGCUCGACGUGCAGCACCUGGGCCGCGGCUUGAUUUAUCGCCCGCCAAAAAACUUCCGCAUCACGCCCGCUACUAGCUUCGAGGACUUGCCGCUCCAGGAGCCGCUGGCGACGGAGAAAGUCGCGCACAACCUCGCUGUGUUCGCCAUGCACCUGUACGAGGGACUCUUGUCGCAGUUGGUUGCCGCCGUCAACAAAAAGCUUAAACCGGACCCGGGGAAAGCGGUGGCGCGACACACGGUCUCCCUCUACGAUCCACUGUCCUCGGGAAAAGACACGAAUCUCGCGGGAGUCCCCAUCGGUUUAACAACCUCCGGCGAUCGGCCGCAACCCGCAAGUGCGUACGAGCCCGCGGAUGUGGAGAAGCUGAUGCAGAACUACGCCUGCGAUAAGCUGCAAAACUGGUUUUUACCGCAGCACUUGGAGGGACCAGUGGAGGAAACGAAAGGGCUUUUCGCGGAAGCCUUGCAUGCCAGCGACGUCGUCAGCUACGAGAAUGGCACCCGGACGGUGC